UGAAAAGGAGAGGCCUGAAUCAAACGAUAAAUAAUAAAAAGUAGUAAUAACAAUAUGCUUGUAGCCAUAUAGAGUAUUUCUUAUUUAGAUGGAGGCCAGUGACCCCAAUAUUAUAUUAGUUAAGUCGCCGUUAGUUAACAUAUAUAAAAAUCCCAUAAGAAAGGAAAGAUUCUCUGGCUGGGGUGGGAAAUAGGACUGGAAACUCAUUGUCCAUUGGGAUGUUCUCACCAUGAGUGACAAUCAACGUGGAAAUAUGAUUUACCCUUAGACUUUAUGUCACUGAGGAACCUGAAGAAAAAGUAUGUUGAGUAGAUGAAUGAUUGCCAAUGAUAUGUGGCAUUUCCAACCAACUGCUUUCCAUCUCCACCCACCAAGGAAGGAAGGAGUUCUAUAAAACACACUUGGACCUCUUUUGCGGAGAUGACUACACCUGAAUAAGAGGUUGAUCCAAGGAGCCGCACCUGUUCAGUAGGAAGUGCAGAGAGAGAGACAUUGAGACGACUGUGCUGAACUGAGUAACGAUCGUUGGCUGUAACCUGCAUGACACCAGAGACAUGUAUCUCCUAUGUUCCUAUAAGUAUUUUUGGAAAUCCUGCGUGGCCUUGUUCCUCGUUUGUUUGUUUAUGCUUUCCACCUAUAACUAUACAAUGAUAAGGCAACCGCGGACAUUGCUAAAAGCUCAGAGGACCAUGCCAACAGCUACUGGCAGCAUCACCCCUCUGCAGGAUAAUAAAACAGUGAUCAUUUCGGCCUACUACGACAAUAGAGAAUCAAACAAUGUCCGUAUCAUUGCAAUACUCCAUGUCGACAAAGUCAAGGAACUCUAUUGCUGGUUUUACUGCAAGUUCAGUAAUGGCUACACCCCAGUCAGAGCCCACAUAGAUGUUCCUUCAGACCGAUUUGAUUUUUCUUACAGUGCAGUCAUUUUGCUCUGUGAGGAGCCCCGUCUCUGCUUUUCUCAAUAUAUUUCCAUCCAUUCAAUGAGCACAGGAAGAAUCGAUGGUGGUCCAGUGUUUGAGAUUAAAAACCGUGAGCCGCUGUCCCCUUCCGCCAACUUCACCGUCUGCAUUUCCACCAUGUUCGGGAAUUCCAGAAAUGUUCUGCAGUUCGUCCAGGCAAUGGAAAUGUACAGGAUUCUUGGAGCGCAGAGAGUUGUCAUCUAUAAAAACAGUUGCAGUCCAACGAUUGAAAGGGCUAUAGAAUAUUAUGUAUUGGAAGGUGUUGUAGAGGUGGUACCAUGGCCGAUUGACCGUUACUUGAGGACAUCUCAUGCCUGGCACCAUGCCAUGGAUCCUAGAAAUGAAAUUGGCUACUAUGGGCAACUGGCAGCUCUGAACGACUGUCUGUACAGGAACAUGUACAAGACAAAAUACCUGACGUUCAAUGAUAUCGAUGAAAUUAUUUUGCCGAGGAAACACAGGGACUGGAAUGAGAUGAUGGAAGUUCUACAGAAAGAACAUCCAGAGAAAUCCGUCUUUCUGAUAGAAAACCACUACUACCCAAUCCACAUCACAGACCACACGUUUGAUAACGCUUUCCCCAAAGAUGUCCCAGGGCACAACAUACUUCAGUAUAUUUACUACGAACCAGAACAGCCCAAUGUCUAUAACAAUCACAAAAUGAUAGUGAAUCCGAGGAAAGUUAUUCAAACAGGCGUUCACUUUACUUUGAAAGCUUACGGAGGAAAUCUAGAUGUGGCCAAUCACAUCGCUGGCCUCCAUCAUAGCAGAGAAGCCAAGCAACCAAACAUUCCUUUUACAUCGCUCAUAAGAGACACAACCUUGUGGAAAUACAGCGCCACGCUAAUCCACAACGUGAACAGAGUCUUAAAGAAUCUCACAUAUGUUGUAUAGAGACAUCGGCGCCAUGUUUUCAGCUGCGCCGGAGAGGUGACCAAAUGUAGCCUUGUGAUUAUGACAACUUGUCUGCUACAUAUUAUUGCGGCAUCUCCCUCCUGCAAGUAGAAAGUAAGGCAAAUCCACUAAGCGCAGAAGCGCCGAACGCUAGCGUUACUCUGCUAGCGUUUGGCAUUUUCGUUACUGCGCAAAUUCACUAACGAACA